AUGAAUGACGUGUUCAAGCUCACGGUGGCCUUCUUAGUCGUCAAGACCUCCCAAAUUAUACUUCUUCUGUCCGUGCCGGCCCAGUUCGACAUUUCAUCUCAACUACUACUUCGCCAGUACCUUCCCGAAUCAGAAUACCUUCUGUCAUUAACUUCACCGUACCUCCAUGGGUUCUUCUCGAAUCUCACGGAUUGGAUUUUGCAUUCUGUCCUAGACAGACUCGUUGCAUGGGAUGCGGUCUACUUUGCAGAUCUCUUCACCAAUGACAUUCACUAUGAGCAUCAAUUUGUCUUUUGUCCGCUCUGGUGGAGACUUGUCCGACUUUUUCCCGUUUCAGAGUCGUUUCCCUUCUACGGACGGCUUCUAUGGGCCACAUUCAUCACCAACUUGUGCCAUUUUCUCGCCGCAGUGACGCUUUACUACUACACCAAGCUAGUAUUCCAGAAUGCUCGUCUUUUCUCGCCUGAACGAGUAGCGAUGGCGUCUCUGGCACUUUUCAUCCUUUCACCAGCAGCUAUGUUCCUCACUGCGCCUUAUUCUGAGGCCAUUGCAGCACUUUUCAGCUUCUUGUGUCUCUACUUCCGUGAAAGUGCCUUGUUGGUCCAGUAUGGUACUCCACGCAUCAACUUGCCGCUCUAUUUGGCCAGUGGGUUGGCUGCAGCACUCGCCUAUGGCUUCAGAGCCAAUUGCUUGCUUCUCGGUCUCGUUUAUGUUUAUGAUUUGGCCGGUGUGCUCAAUCUUCUUUCUGGAUCAUCGAUCAUUACUAGUGCGAUGCUGAAAGGUAGCAUAACGACGCGGCUUUUGCCCAUAAUGGCAGGUCUGAUUCUUGGAUCAGGGUUCCUAGCGUCUCAAAUCUACAAUUACAUGGCUGUAUGUUACAAAUCAGACCGUGGCGAGUGGUGUUCUGCCAGGAUACCCAGUCUCUUCACUUAUGCCCAAGCACAUUAUUGGAACAACGGGUUUCUCCUGUAUUGGACAAUGGGAAACAUUCCAAAUUUCAUUUUUGGAGCUCCUACCAUCAUCCUCUCCAUCUUUAGCAUUCGUUACUUCCGACACACUUAUCCAGUUGACCGAAUCCUGCCAAUUUUAUUGGUGAAUCUAGCAUUUCUAGUGCUACUCUUGGGAUUCUGGCACGUGCAAAUCAUCACGCGCAUCCAUACGUUUUUACCAUUAGUAUAUUGGGUAGUUGGCAGCCACGACAAAUGGCGUGUUGCUGUUACAUAUUUUGUGGUGUGGAACAUCGUGCAAACUUGCUUGUUUGGGGCAUUUUUACCACCGGCCUAG